UGCUUGUUUGUUUAGCUUUUGAAGCGCUUUUAGAUUUAUUAAAAACGCUAUAUAAAUGUAAUACAUUAUUAUUUACGAGUUCCCCGUUUUUUGAACGCGGCAUCAAUCCCAUCUUUAAUUUAGGGUAUAGAUACGUCAUUGUUCUAUCUCUCCGCGUCAAAACAUGAAACGUCACCAAAUUAGCAUUAGCAACAAGGUUAUCAGUUUUUAUAGAAUUACAUCAUUUUGCAGUCAUACAGAGGGCAGGCAUAGGCUAGCUUGAACUAUCAUCAAAACUUAGGGUUUGGAGGAAUCUUAAACCGUGACAAUGAAAUUCAUGUAUAAAGAGGAGCACCCAUUUGAGAAGAGAAGAUCGGAGGGGGAAAAAAUCAGGAAGAAGUACCCAGAUAGAGUGCCAGUGAUAGUGGAGAAAGCCCCCAAAGCCAGAAUAGGUGAUUUGGACAAGAAGAAAUAUCUUGUACCCUCUGAUCUUACAGUGGGACAGUUCUACUUCCUGAUCCGGAAGAGGAUUCACCUGCGGGCAGAGGAUGCCCUUUUCUUCUUUGUCAACAAUGUCAUUCCUCCCACCUCAGCCACCAUGGGACUCCUUUACCAGGAACACCACGAAGAGGACUUCUUUCUGUACAUAGCCUACAGUGAUGAGAGUGUCUACGGAGACAGCCAAACAGAAGUCUAGCUAACCACCUUUCAGCACAUCUGCAGCCUGAUUGACUCUGCAUCGUCACAAAGACAAACAAAUAAAAGCAAUUUAGUUGCCA